AUGACCAUAAUUACGACCUGUUCAAAUACGAUUCCUUGCAUCGGUAGAACCUUUCGUUCACGUUCAAAUCAAAGUGCAAAUUCAACCCUUCGUGUUGGAAUCACCCGUUCAGCAAGUACAAAUUCAACUCGUCGUCCUAGAACCUUUCGUUCGGGUUCAAAUUCAAGCGUAAAUUCAACUCUUCGUACAAGAACCACUCGUACCGGUUCAACUACUCGUUUUACCUUUCCUCAUCUUCGUCCUCGUACCUUACAACGACCAUGCGAUCUUCGUCAGAAACUUCAAGUAGCACAGUAG